GAGGGACUGGGGUUGUGCAGAAGAGGAGGCGGAGGGGAGACCUUAUCGCCGCCUGAAAGGCGGUUGUGGAAAGGUUGAUGUUGGUCUCUUCUCCCAAGUGACAGGCGAUGGGACAAGAGGAAUGGCCUCGAGCUGCACCAGGGCAGGUUCAGAUUGGAUAUGAGGGCAAGUUUCUUCACCAAAAGGGUUAUGAAGCACUGGAACAGGGAGGUAGUUGAGUGGCCAUCCCUGGAGGUGUUUAAAGGACGUUUAGAUGAAGUGCUACAGGAUGUGAUUUGGUAGUGGACAGUACAGUUGGACUCGGUGAUUUCAAAGAUCUUUUCCAACCUAGCGAUUCUGUGAUUCUUGUUUGGCACUGCCUUCCCCUCGUGGUCUUCUUGUUAGUCUUGAUGUUCCAUAGAAUCAUAGAAUAGUUUGGGUUGGAAAGGACCUUAAAGAUCAGCUAGUUCCAACUCCCCUGCCAUGGGCAGGGACAUCCCACCGGACCCAUCCAACCUGGCCUUGAACACCUCCAGGGAUGGGUUAUCGACAGCUUCCCUGGGCAACCUGUGCCAGUGCGUCACCACCCUUAUGGUGAAGAAAUUCUUGCUUGUGUCUAGAUUAAAUCUGCCCCUCUCCAGUUUAUACCCAUUGCCCCUCAUCCUAUCGCUACAAGCCUUUGCAAACAGUCCCUUCCCAGCUUUCUUGUAGCCCCUUCAGGUACUGGAAGGUUGCUUUCUGUCUUCAACUAGAGGAUGGCCAUCUUUCUGAGCCCAUGUUAGGUCUCUUCAGUAAUGAGUAACAGUCUCCAGAGUGCCAAUAUCCUAAUACUGCUUUAUACGGCAAGUCAAGGAUUUCAGUCUAUGAAAUCUGGUUUAACCAUAUUUAUUGCUAAUCUACAUUUAUGAAUAGAUUUCUUAAUUACUUGGGAGGUCACAGAGUGACUCCUUUUAUUUCUCCCCUUCCAGGUAAACGUUAACCAGUUCAGUGCUUGGAAAUCUAACCAAUAAAAACCAUCAUUAGCUAUCUUCCACCUAAAGGCUUUGGAAUUGGCAAAUAGAUGAACUUUAAAGUCCCUUCCAACCUAAAGCAUUCUAUGAUUUUAUAUGUCUUUCUAUAUUGUAAUUCUAUAUGUGUUUUAUUCUCUCUUUUUUCUUAAGAUUCAUUGUACUUACUCUUUCCAAUAUAUUGUUUUCAGAUGUUAGCUUUCCUGAAACAAAUGUUUAAAACUGUUGUUUCCAAGACUGGUGAAGAACUAAGAGGUAAAGCAAUUGGCUAAAGAAAAAGGUUUGGAAUUUGGGCCUGGGUGUCAUUGAUUGCUCAAGGGAUACAACAGAUGGAAACUCAACUGUGCAUAUGAUGUACAGUUCCACCAAAGGAGUGCAUUUGUGUUCACAUCUCAUGGUACAAAUCUCAGCUCACAGGACUGAGGACCUUUUCCAGGCUUGCCAUGCCAAUCCACAAUUUGAAAGGCCAGUGCUUUCACCAGUGAUGUAGAAGAAGAUUAUCAGCAGUUGCAGGUAGUGUUUUAAUGGUAGUCUGAGAAGCUGGAAUACAAAUCAACCCCCAAAUCACACCUGAAGGUUAAGAUCUCUCCCUGCAAUGGGAAUAAAUCCAGGAGAUGACAGCAAGCAGAAGGAGUUUUUGCAAGGUUUCUUCUGAAAGCAUUCCCCCACCUGACUCUGCUAAGACCAGUCUUUCCAUAUGGGGAUGGGGAAGUCUUGGCCUUGUGCUUUUUCUAGUAACUUUUGGACCCUUCGCUAUAUUUUACUUUGCAUUUUAUAUCCUCUGCUUUGUGGGUGGGGGGUUUGUGGUUACUCUUUUAUUUGGCAAAAGCAACUCAGAAAAAUACCUUGAGCAGUGCGAACAUUCGUUUCUUCCUUGUACAUCAGUUGGGAUCCCUAAGUGCAUAGAAGAAAUGAAACGUGAAGCCAGACCUAUUAAGAUUGACAGAAGACUGACAGGUGCGAAUAUAAUAGAUGAGCCUUUGCAACAGGUAAUCCAGUUUUCCCUGAGAGACUAUGUGCAGUAUUGGUAUUACACACUAAGCGAUGAUGAAUCGUUUCUUCUGGAAAUUAGACAGGCUCUUCAGUACGCACUUGUUCAGUUUUCUGCCAGGUCAAAGGAAACAGACUGGCAGCCUUAUUUCACUACACGACUUGUUGAUGACUUUGGCACUCAUCUUCGAGUUUUCAGGAAAGCUCAGCAAAGAAUAGCAGAGAAAGGUGAUCAGAUGAAAGACCAAGCUGAGGAACUUGUAAAUACAUUCUUUGAGGUUGAAGUUGAAAUGGAAAAAGAUAUCUGUCGAGAUCUAGUCUGCACUUCUCCCAAAGAUGAAGAAGGAUUCCUAAGGGAUCUGUGUGAGGUUUUACUGUAUAUAUUGCUACCUCCUGGAGACUUCCAGAACAAGAUCAUGCGAUACUUUGUCAGGGAAAUCCUCUCCCGAGGAAUUCUUCUUCCAUUAAUAAACCAGCUCAGUGAUCCUGAUUAUAUUAAUCAGUAUGUCAUAUGGAUGAUUCGUGAUUCCAACUGUAACUAUGAGGCCUUUAUGAAUAUUAUUAAAUUAAGUGAUAAUAUAGGAGAGUUGGAAGCAGUGAAAGAUAAAGCAAGUGAAGAACUGCAAUAUCUUCGAUCUCUGGACACAGCGGGAGAUGAUAUCAACACUAUAAAAAAUCAAAUAAACAGUUUAUUGUAUGUUAUUAAAGUAUGUGAUUCAAGAAUUCAGAGGUUGCAGUCAGGAAAAGAAAUAGAUACUGUGAAACUGGCAGCAAACUUUGGAAAACUUUGCACAGUCCCUCUGGACCAUAUUCUGGUAGACAAUGUUGCACUACAAUUUUUUAUGGAUUACAUGCAGCAGACUGGUGGCCAAGCACAUCUGUUUUUCUGGAUGACAGUGGAAGGAUACAGGGUUACGGCACAGCAACAGCUGGAGGUACUUCAAAGCCGGCAGAAAGAUGGAAAACAUCAGACUAAUCAGACCAAGGGUCUAUUAAGAGCAGCUGCAUUUGGAGUUUAUGAGCAAUAUUUAUCAGAAAAGGCAUCUCCAAGAGUUAAUAUUGAUGACAACUUAGUAGCAAAACUGGCAGAAACACUGAAUCAUGAGGACCCAACACCUGAAAUCUUUGAUGACAUUCAGAGAAAGGUGUAUGAAUUGAUGCUGCGAGAUGAAAGAUUCUACCCCUCUUUCAAACAGAAUGUGUUGUAUGUGCGUAUGUUAGCUGAGCUGGAUAUGCUGAAGGAUCCCAGUUUCAGAGGAUCAGAUGAUGGUGAAGGAGAAUCUUUUAAUGGGUCUCCUACUGGCAGCAUUAAUCUGUCCUUAGAUGACCUUUCAAAUGUCCCUCCUGAUGAGACAGUUCAGCUCCUUGCAUACAUCUCAGAUACUGUCUAUGCUGACUAUGACCCAUAUGCUGUGGCAGGAGUGUGUAAUGACCAUGGAAAGACGUAUGCACUGUAUGCUAUCACAGUCCAUCGGCGAAAUCAGAACAGCGAAGAGACAUGGAAGACAUAUCGACGGUACAGUGACUUCCAUGACUUUCACAUGAGAAUCACUGAGCAGUUUGAAAGCCUUGCAAACAUAUUGAAACUUCCUGGCAAAAAGACAUUUAACAAUAUGGACAGAGAAUUUUUGGAAAAGAGGAAAAAAGAUUUAAAUGCAUAUUUGCAGCUCUUAUUAAGUCCUGAAAUGAUGAAGGCUUGUCCAGCUUUAGCGCAUUAUGUAUAUGACUUCCUGGAGAAUAAAGCCUACAGCAAAGGGAAGGGGGAUUUUGCACGGAAGAUGGACACAUUUGUAAACCCACUGCGUAACUCUAUGAGAAACGUAUCAAAUGCAGUCAAGUCUCUCCCUGACAGCCUGGCAGAGGGAAUGACUAAAAUGUCAGACAACAUGGGUAAAAUGUCAGAGAGACUGGGACAAGACAUAAAGCAAUCAUUUUUCAAGGUGCCUCCUUUGAUUCAGAAAACCUAUUCAGAUCCUGAUCAUUGCCGUGUUGCAGCAACAAUUGAUGACAAUGUGGAUGACAAUAUUCCCCUGAGAGUAAUGCUCCUCCUUAUGGAUGAAGUCUUUGAUUUAAAGGAAAGAAAUCAGUGGUUAAGAAGAAAUAUAAAAAAUCUGCUUCAGCAACUGAUUAGAGCAACAUAUGGUGACACAAUUAAUAGAAAAAUAGUUGAUCAUGUUGACUGGAUGACGUCUCCUGAGCAAGUAGCAGAUGCGGUGAAACGCUUCAGAGAUGCUUUUUGGCCCAACGGCAUCUUAGCAGAGACUGUUCCGCGGAGAGACAAAGCUAUUAGAAUGAGAACAAGGGUGGCAGGGAAGACCAAAUUGCUGGAAGUAAUGCCAGAUGAACUGAAGCACAUCAUAGGCGCUGAGACAACACGGAAGGGCAUUCUUCGAGUCUUCGAAAUGUUCCAGCAUGCUCAGCUGAAUAAGAGGAUGGUGUAUGUGUUUCUGGAGAGAUUCCUAGAAACCUUAUUUCCUCAAAAUAAGUUCCAUGAGCUCUUCAACAAACUGCAUUCACGAUCAAAGCAGAUGCAGAGGUAUAAGCAGAGACUACAUUAUACUCAAGCGCCUUCCUUACAGAAAAGGUGACACUUCAAACCUAUUAAGCUGGUGUAUGUUUGUCCAGGAGUAAUUACUUGGGCAGAUUCUCUGGGGCUUCAGACUCACAUGCUGUUAUUUUUGCACCAGUCUUCUAGUGUCACGUAUUAGAUUAUUAAUGCAUCUGUAAGACCUGUGGAUCUUCUCAUCUUCACUUGUAAUACAACCACUACCAGAAGGGUUUGUGUGUCUUAAAUGAUUUGGUGCGUCUCCAUGCAACAUUGAGAAGAAUACUGGCCCAAUAUCUAAGAAUGCUGAUUCCUUCCGAUCCUGAGUCGAUGUUUUGCCAGCAGUGAAAAGUGCCAGACUGUUCAAGUAAAGCACAACUAUGGUCCUAAAAUGGAAGAAAAGGAUGUUAUGGCACUGGGAGAUAGUGCAAUGUGUGAGAAUCAGGUGGAAUUGUUCUACUUUGACUGUUGAGGCUCUGUAGGCUUUUAACAUUCCCGUAAAGGCUGAGCUAGCAGGAAAAGCAGUCUAUGGAAUAGCAGGUUCAUAGGAGAGGGGAGAAGUAGCUUUAGCCCCAUCAUAAAAAUAAAUUUAUUAGUGAAAAGUUGAGGUAAUGGGGCUUUCAUGCCACGUUCACUUGACCUUUCAUGUUUUGAAAAAGAAACUAACAGUAGAUCUAAUGGGGGUUUUAGUAAAGACAGGUGCGGUAGAAAUAAACCCUUUAUUCUGAUUAUUCUGUAGUGCUAAGGGCCAUAUUCUGCUCUUACAGCACCUGGCGUACAUUUUGCAUGUAACUUCAGUGCAGAAGGGGCGUCAUAUUUAAGUUCAUUUGGCAUACUUGAACAUGUGUCAAGUUGAUGGUUGUAGAAGGAAGGGGGUACAUGUUUCAAAGAGGGUAGACAUCGUGUUAGAAGAUGAGGAAAUUGCACUAAGACACAGUUUACAUACAACUCCCCUCUAAAAUUUGAAACUUUUUUGGGUGUAAAAGACCGUGUCCUAUGUAAUUGAAAGACUCCUCACCUUUUAGCGUGUAAGCCUCGUAUGGAAAAAUAUUCAAAAUAGUUUGUUCCUCACAGGUAAAGGAUUCCAUUAGUCAUAUGCAAACACUUGGAAAUUCCUGAACGCAUCUCAGUGUAUAUAUGAAAAUAAAAAGGAGAUAAAACGACAAUAUUUUUUUAAAUAAUUUUUUAUUUUUUUGCAUAGUGUAAAAUUUUAAUAAAAAUUUGACAUCAAAGGCCCCACAUCCAUCUGUUAAGUUUCAUUGAAGAAUUUCUGUCCAAUUAAAAAUAAAUUAACCACUGAAUAAUCCUGUUUGACCACAAUAUAUCUCAGUUUGUGUUUUCUUUUUCAUAGUCCCCUACUGUUUGAACACUACUAUCCGAGUAAAUAGAGAGCAAUCCUAUAGAGUCCAUUUUUUUUCCUGAACGCUAAACGGUAAGAUACAGCUGUCUAUCAAGGAUCCUUACAGUAGUUUGUGUCUUAAUGGGAACAAAUGAUCCUUUUAUGUAGGGAAGAACAUAGACCUUUUAUGAAAGCGUUCUAAGAGAAGAUAGAAGGCUCUCAAAGGACCUAGUUAAAUUGACUGAAGCCUCUAUAUAGAUAAUUUUUUCUCAUGGACUCUAUUAAUGCAAUGUAGCCUUUUAUCAAACUACUUAAAGAUGAUCAUAUUGUACUGUUAACAUUAUCAUACAGUAUGCAUGGGCUCAAGUGCACUUGUUUUCUUUCUUUAUUGCAGAACUAAAUACUGUAAAUGAAUCCCUUUCUUUUAUAAUCCCUAGGAAGACAAGUUGGUAGCUAUGUAAGAACCCUUCCACCUUCCUCUCUGCAGGUUCUGUAGAAGCGUGAUGAUUACAUGCUGUUGAAUUUAACAAAAUUCUUGAGUUCUGUGUGAAUUAAUCAACAUAGCCAGCUCCUGUUGUUUACAUGCCUGCAUCUUCCUCUCGUGUCAGGGUGCUCAAGCAUACCUGACAUCUGACUGAUGAAAGAUCAUUCAGCAAUUGUUUGUGGCGAUAUAGUAAAUAUACCAUUGAUCCUACCAAAUCUAGUUUGUCUCUUAAAUCACUGAAUUUGUUAUGCAGUAUGAAAGUGGGAAGUUCAAAUACUUUUUUGUCAAAUCUGUGGAACCUUUUAUCUAUCUGUAGGUACCAUGAAAAAUUUCAGGAGGAUAGUGAUCAUGUGCAAAUUUGGGAUUUUUUUUUCUUAACUAUCUGGUACAUUUCUGUACAAAAAUAAAAUAAUAUCUCUAGGAAUGUGAAUUGAACAUAAUACACCAUGUUUAUUAGUCGUUUUACUUAAUGAAUUUAUGACAUAUAUAUACCUAUACACACAUUUAUAUACAUGAGUGUGCAUAUGUAUAUAUGUAUUGAUAAAGUCUUGUCUUCUGUAUUUAAUUACAGAAUGUGGGUUCCUAAUUCAGUGGUGCCUGUUGGCUGGCGAGUAUCAGAAAUGAAUACUUUUUGUUAAAAAGAGUUUGUAUGUGUCUCAAAUAUUUAAAUGGUUUUCCGGUUGACCAUUUAAAAUAAAACAUGCAGCCUGUUAUCCUAGAAAGACUCCAAAACUGAAUGUUAAUAUACAGCACUUAAGUGUCUGGGUGUAUCUUCUGGCCUUUAGGUGCUGUGACUGGCCGCUGAAAAUUGUGCCAUUGUCAACAAAUGCACUUGUUUUAGCCUUAAUUAUUUUUAAGAGAAAAUAAGCAAUUGAAUUUUUCAUUUGGUUCAUCCUCAAGCUUGUGCUGCUGGUGUUUGCUAGAACUAAACAGUAAAUUUUAAGUGCUGCCAGAAUGUGUACCAAAAUGAAAAUAUAUGAAUUCCACAAUCUAAAUUUUAAUUUUGUGCAAUAUUUUCAUUUAAUGCAUGUGUAUUUGAGUAACUGUAAAAUAAAUGGAUUUUUAAUGUUUUGAAGUCUAGGUUAAAAAUGUCUUCUCAGCUGAACAAUUUUGCAUUCUCUUGUUGCGUUGUUUAUUUAAGGACUUGUUUUAAAAGUCUUAUUUGUUCCUUCCUCCUUUGUUGAUUCCCUUGUUCUUAAUGAUCCUUGCUCAUCUGAGCAAAGUUCAUCUAUUACAAGGGAAAAUUAUGAAGAGCACAUCUCAUGAAUAUAGCUGUUAUAAAUUACUUGUGCAUAUCAUUGUACAGUGUCAGCUGUGUGCCUAAUUGUUCUAUUGAUGCUUUUUCCCCUCCCUUCCCCCUCCUCUUGUUUCCGGAACAAAGAAUGAACAUGAAACAGGCUGCCACAGUCACUGCUACUGAAUGGCAGAGGACUCUAAAUUUUUCUUUUGGAGUUUGUGUUUAUGUUCUGUCCAAUAGAAAGCUUAAAAAAAAUACAUUAAUAAAGUAUUA